GGGGGAGGGUUUAAAGAUGACUGGAAGCCAUCUUGGCAGUUCGCUGUAGAGCCCUAAAAUAUCACACAGGCCUAACUCUUAACACUUCGGAAACAAUAAAUAUCGAGUGUCGUGGAGUCUCAGCUAUAUUUGGUUGAACACUUCAAAUCAUCGAAUUAAGAAAUUUGAGAGGAAGACGAGUGGAUGCAUCAAAAUUUAACUAGAUGUCUGGCUGCUUAGCCUCUCUCUGGUUUGUGAGAUUAUAAUUUUGAGAAACUGGGAUAUUUGUCAAGAGACUUCUAGUUAAUUUGCUACUUUCAGAAUUUGUGGAUAAUUACUUGGGUGGUUUUUUGCAUUGAGAUGUUUUACAAAAGACAUAUAUUGAACAAGUUGUAAAAUAUAUUUGCUUGAACUUUGUUUGGACUGUGGUAAGGACAUCGUAAAUUCAACAAAAGGGUAUACGUCCCAAUCCCUUUGGUCACUUUUUUUUUGGACGAAAGACCUAAACAGACAUGAGUACAGCCAGAACAGAGAACCCAGUCAUUCUGGGCUUGACAAACCAAAAUGGCCAAAAGAGAGGCUCUGCAAAGCCAACAGGGGGACCUGGUGGGGGUGGAGGGGGACCUCAAACAACACAGCCCACCCAGAUUAAAGCUUCCAGCACAGUCAACAAUGGCAACUCCCUGCCUGUGCCCACAGCAAACACGGUCAUCAAACCUGGGGAUGACUGGAAAAAGAAUUUAAAGCUUCCCCCAAAGGAUAUGCGCAUGAAAACUUCUGAUGUAACUGCUACCAAAGGGAAUGAAUUUGAAGAUUACUGCCUGAAGCGGGAGUUGUUAAUGGGCAUCUUUGAAAUGGGCUGGGAAAAACCAUCACCUAUCCAGGAGGAGAGCAUUCCCAUUGCUUUGUCUGGGAGGGACAUUCUGGCUAGAGCCAAGAAUGGCACAGGAAAGAGUGGUGCCUACCUCAUUCCCUUACUUGAACGUAUUGAUCUGAAGAAAGACUGCAUACAAGCACUGGUCAUUGUCCCCACCAGAGAACUGGCUCUGCAGGUGAGCCAGAUCUGCAUCCAGGUCAGCAAACACAUGGGUGGGGUUAAGGUCAUGGCAACCACAGGAGGAACCAACCUGCGUGAUGACAUUAUGCGGCUUGAUGAGACCGUGCAUGUUGUUAUUGCCACUCCUGGGAGAGUGUUGGAUCUCAUCAAAAAAGGUGUAGCCAAAGUUGGCCAGGUACAGAUGAUCGUGUUGGAUGAAGCAGACAAGCUCCUGUCUCAGGACUUUGUGCAGAUGAUGGAGGAAAUUUUAAGCUUCUUGCCCAAGCAAAGGCAAAUUCUGCUGUAUUCUGCAACUUUCCCACUAAGUGUACAAAAGUUCAUGAAUUCUCAUCUGCAGAAGCCUUAUGAGAUAAACCUUAUGGAGGAGCUGACCCUGAAAGGUGUAACCCAAUAUUAUGCAUAUGUGACUGAAAGGCAGAAAGUCCAUUGCCUUAAUACUCUUUUCUCUAGGCUUCAGAUUAAUCAGUCUAUAAUCUUCUGCAACUCAUCCCAACGGGUGGAGCUCCUGGCCAAGAAAAUCUCCCAACUGGGUUAUUCCUGUUUCUACAUUCAUGCCAAGAUGAGACAGGAGCACAGGAAUCGUGUGUUCCAUGAUUUCAGAAAUGGUUUGUGCCGAAAUCUUGUCUGCACAGAUUUGUUUACGAGAGGAAUUGACAUUCAGGCUGUGAAUGUGGUGAUCAACUUUGAUUUUCCCAAACUUGGGGAGACGUAUCUUCAUCGUAUUGGCAGAUCUGGCCGUUUUGGGCACUUGGGUCUGGCUAUUAACCUGAUCACAUAUGAUGACCGCUUUAAUCUGAAGGGCAUUGAAGAGCAGCUCGGCACAGAGAUCAAGCCCAUUCCUAGCAGCAUCGAUAAGAGCCUGUAUGUGGCUGAGUAUCACAGUGAGAGUGCUGAGGAGGUCAAACUGUGAGCAAGAGAGAUCACCAAGCCCCCAGCCACUACCCCCACUUUUUCUUUUCAUUUCUCCACAUUUUUGUCCCUUCCCUUUAUAAUUUGUGUCUUCCUUUUUUGUGCCACCACGAGGAAUUUCUUUGAAACAGGACAAUACUGGAGGAAAAAUGUCAUGGCUCUUAUAAGGACUGCUGUCAUUUAACAUUCUGGAGAUUCUAAAGCACUUGAGAGAAGGGUAGAAGAGGAUGAUGGAAGCUAAUUAUCCUAUUUAUUUGAGAAAAUGUGACUACUUUCCACCUACUUGAACAUCACCCACUGGCCCUCAGACCCAGCUUUUCCAUCUAGUGCCGCUUUUUCAUGUAUUUGGUUAUUUGUAUGAAGUGCCUUAACAAGCAGUUGAACUUUGUUCAAAGUAAUAAUAUUUUUCCCAGUUCAUGCACUUCUCAUUGGUCACGCCGGCUAUUGUUACCUUUCAUUUACUUUUAAUUUUUACUUUUGUUUUCAGACGAAAUCAUUACACAUCCCCUGGUGCUUUUUUUGAGGAAUAGACCAAGCAGAUUUUGUGGAGGGAAAGGGCUGCCUCCAAUACAUAUGUAAUGUGUGCAAGAGUGGCCUUUCCUCUCAGACCUGGGUAUUGAUUAUGAUUUUUGGUGAUGAAAGUGGGACUUAAUGUUUUCUCAGCAUCGUUCACGUGCCCCUAAAUGGCUCAAGUGGCGUUUUUUCAUUUGUUGUCAUGAAACACGUGCUUCUAGAGACUGACUCUCUCCCUUUUUCUUCAGUGCUCCAACUCAAGAGACUUGCUCAGAGACUUAUGCCAGCCUUUUCCUCCUGCUGUGACUUCCUCUGCCUGAUAAAAGUGGAAAUAUUGGAACUUAUUUUCCCUCCCCAUUUUUGUUCCAUUGCAGUUUUCCUUCAUUUUGGGUGGCUACACAUUGUCAUAGAUGUGCCAUUGAAAUCUAUUUUGGCACAAUGUAAACUUUGUAAAUACUUUCAUUUCAUUUUUAAUGGAUCUUUUAUAAAACAAGCUAAAAGGCUGGAGGGUUAUGUAAAACAUCAAAGAUGCAGGAUUCCAGCAGCACUGGAUGGCUUCUUUUCUUUUCUUUUCCUGCUUCUUUAAAGCCGUCACCUUUAUGGUGAUAAAUGGUAAAAACGGACAAGGCUUAAAACUUGAAGUGAUGUCAGAUCUUUUGUUAUAAAAUUGGACUUCAGAUUUAUUUAUUUUUGGAAGUAUUGCCCAAGUUUAUUUACUGUGCACAAAAUGUCCUUGAACAGUUCAAACCAUUUUUAGUUAAACUUCUUCCAGUGGUGUUAGCACCUCAUCUUGAUGUUAGUAGCUUGACUAGAUUAUCUGCUCUCCAGCCUUUUCUUGUUCCACUGACUUACAAAGCACUCGUUGGGUCCCUGUUCAUGGUGACUCACAUAUGAGAGAAAAUAUUGCAUCAUGUAGUAAUGCUUGUUGCUGCAGUGCAGCUUUAAUUGGCAAUCUAUGGGGUGGGUGGGUUCAACCUGCAAAUGGUAUGAAACUGUUACACUGAUUGUUCACUGCCAUUGGCACUGGUACAUGAUGCUUUCAGCUAGAGGGGGAAAAAGUGCUUUGAGGGGGAAGAUGUGAAAACAAAUGCAGAGUCCCAAAAAAAAAAAUCAGGAAUUGACAAAUGUAGCUCUUAACAAAAUUUUUUUUAUUUUUUUUUUUUUAUAAAUCUGAUUUUCUCUAACUGCAGAGCUUAAACAAGAAAUGGUUACCUAUUGGACCUGCACUAAAAUUGGGACUUAUGUUUAGGGACUGGGCAAAAAGACUGCACAAUAGCCCACUAGGGGCUGAAGUGUUCAGAGGUGUUUAGGGGUGGAGGAGUAAAAUGAAAAUGGGAGAACAUAAUGGGUGCUGAUAACCAAAUGUUUGUUCUUUUUCUCUAUUGAGAGGUUUUAAUGACCCUCCUUUAACACUAAAAAAAAAUUCAGCAUUUUUGUGGUUUGUUAUGAGACUUGGAUUCGAGUUCCCAUUUGAAGGCUAAGGGAACUUGCUGGGUUGGGGUUCUUGCAGGGUUGGGGGGAAAAUUGUGAAUGGGGAAUAAGUGGUAUUUGUAUCCCAGUGGUCAGUGACUGCAGACAGCAUCAGGUUGUCUGCAUGACCGAGCCAUUGGGAAUUCCCAGUAAAUAAGUAAUCAAAAAUGAGACGUGGGUUUUUUUUUUUUUUUUGUGGCUCAAACUUUGUCUACUGUGGGAUGUUGCAAAAGUCUGUGGGGUUGCUAAAACAGGACGGUCACAAAUGUACAAUAGAAGGAUGGUGAUUUCUGGAAAAUUGCAGCAACCUAUAGUGGCAUGGUUUGACGCCAGACUUUUAUUCUCUCCUCUACAGUGGCCUCAUAUAUACACACAGAUGUGUUUUAUUAAAAUUGAACAUGUGCUAAUUUUUUGGGGGGGGGGGUGGACAAAUACACUACCUGUGUGGCUUUAGGUGAGAGAAUGAAAGUCCUGCAAGGUUUUGGCAGCUGCCUUGCAUUUUUUACUUUUGGGUAACUCUUUGCUCUGGAGAACACAGCGCAUUCCCCUUGAGUGUUUGAAUGCAUGGUCAACUGUUUGAACUGCUGUUUGUUGCUGGGAUGUGCUGUGGUCUUCAUGGUUGUCCUUGAAGAUUGAGCUGGGGUACGUCUCACCAUAUCAAUUGGAAUCCUUACAACUGUGCGUUCAAAAAUCUCCAGCUCAGUUUUCAGGGUUUUUUUUUUUUUUUUUCCUGGGUUGGUUGGGACCCAGUGGGUGGGUUGGGAGAGGAAUUGCUGCCCAAAGGAAUCUUUACUUUUGUUCUAGCAAAGGGAUUCUAGGUGUACCUGAGGAUUGUUAUGGUAAAACUUUGUUGUCUUUCAGGAACCAGAUUGCACCUGACAAAAUACCGUAGGACUGGGUUGGGAUUGACAAUGUCAUUUGUUGGGAUAAAGCAAGGACCAUUGCAGUCCUCCAAUCUAGUGAUGUUUGGUUACUGUCAGACUGUUAAACAAAAGUAAAGAUGACUUGGCUUGGUGGGGUGGGAGGGUAGGGACAGUUUAAUUGGGAAAUGGAACAAAAUUGUAAAGCCACAAAUUGGAGUAACAAGGGUUGGAAAAUUUGUUGCAAAAAAAUACCCUGAAUAUUUUUGUUUCUACUAUUUAAUGAAUUAAGACUAAUUGACAACCAAAAAUAAUUCUUUCCUUUUUUUUUUUUUUUAGUUUUUUUAAUUGGCAGUUUUGGCAGUGAUGCUUGUUAUAUAAAUUAAAUAUGGUGAAUCUGGUUAAUUGGAAAAUUUGUUUUGAAUAAAGCUCACUGAAAUUCACUCUUUGUUAAUGUGCUGAAUGUGUAUGUUGCAUCUAGUGUCAUCAUAAAUAUCUGGUGGACUUUGCCAUGUUGUUCAAGAUGAGCUGUGACUUGAAUCAGUGUAGACCUAUGCAAGUCAAUGAAUGAUUGAUUUAUUAAUUUUUUCCUCCUGAGCUUGAAAAUCUUAAGUCUGGAAUCAUAUUGACCAGACAGUUACAUUCUCAUUCUGAUUCUCAUUUAAACAAUACACCAUUCCAUGUGCUCAAAUGAACAUCGUAAAACAAUGAAAGGCUUUUUACCUGGUUAGCUAUAUAGUGGUAUAAAUUACCUUUUGGAGUAAAUGAGCAGAGUACAUUUAGAUAAGCUUGUGUGCCAAAUGUCAAAAGCUGUGACUCUAGCUGCUAUUCCAAUAAAUUUAAUUCUAGCUUUACGCUCCCUUAUGGGACCCACAAUUCAUGUUGCCAAAUCAUCAGGAACAAAAUGAUGACUGAAAACCCCCCACAAAAUCGGUUACAUUAAUAACUGGCAGCAGUAACAAAGGUUUUGGCGGUGGUCAUAAUGACUAUUCUAGUCUACGAAUGGCCAAAAAGUCCCCGUCCUUGCAUUAUGUACUGGUGCAACUGUAGUAACAAAGGCUACUGGUUGUAGGAGUUCAAGGGCAUCAAUGGGAGAAUGUUAUUGCAUAUUUAGUUGCUGUGUAGUCUACCCUGAGGAACAUCAUGCAGUUUAUUGAUUGAUCAUACCCUAAAUAGAUAAUUUAUGGACACCUGACCACCACACCCAUAUGCAACAGGUUUUCCCCAAACUGUUGCUACUGUUGCCUUUUCACUGGACCUCAAUGCCUGAACUCGCUAAGUCUUGUGUAGCUGAAAAAGCAAAUUUUGUUAUUCUACAAUCUAGUAGAAAACCUUCCCUGAAGAGGGACCAAAUCUGGAGUGGGAUGUUGAACAAGCACAAGUAGGGUUCCAUAGUAUAAAAUGCAUAACUCACAAUUGUGUGUAUAUGCACUUGAUGCACUUGGGUAUAGUUACCAGGGAUUAGUUUCAACAUUAUAGGUUGUUAAGGUAAAUCAGAAUGUGCAUACAGCUUUAUUAGCUCAUUGCUUUUUUUUAAAUUGCAUAAUAUGUACAAGUGGCACAUUAAAGCUGUCCUGGAUGCAAUGUUUUAUUGAGCACACACCAGAUGGCCUAUUAUUACCCGAGUUCAUAACACUAGGGAUUUGUUUGAGAGUGAAACUAACCACUAUAAUUAAUAGAAGAUUCAAUUAAAUCACUAUAAGAAAAUUGUAUCCGUCUAAUCUAACCUAAAUGAGUACUCAAAUGAAGAAAAGCCUAUCCAUAAAUAUUUAAGAUGCCUGCGGCUAAAGUUUAUGCCUACAUUAGACCAUUUCCUUCAAAACAUAAAUACUGGACUUUUUUUCCCCCUCUGCUUUGUUAAAGAUUGACUGAUUGUUUUUAAAGCUUUUGAAUAGAUCUCUCUAUUGUCUGUAAUGUUAUGAAAUACUGGAUAACUCCAUCUUACUGAAUUUGUUUCCCUUGGUCAAAGUGGUUUGUAGCUGGAUCCUCUCCCACUAAAAUCACUGACUUGCUUAAAAAUUUUGAAAUUACUGUUUAUGCCUCUGCCAUGAGAUGGCACUUUGGGAACAAAAAGCACUAGACUUGCUGUCAGCAGAUACAUUUUUCUUGUAUUUCAAGCAAAAGCUGUCAUCAUAGCUGUCUAGGUUCUAUUAGUUUUGAGAUGACAUGAUAUCACUGCUGUUUUGGCCAGACUAGAUUUUUGUUUACAUACGUUAAAUGGGUUCACACCCGCUGCCUAAGUUUUGAAGAGAUUUCUGAUUUUCUGUGGUUUUCAGGGCUUGUCAUGCAUUAACACAAAUCAAAGGAGAAGGCUAGUAAUAAUGACAGCCCACAGGAAUGCCAAAGAAGACGUAUUGAUAAAAUUAGUUAGGUUUAUUUAAAUAAUUUCCCCUGCGAUCAAUAAAGUUCUUUGAAUCUUGAAUCUUAUUUUUAUUAAUUUUUUUGGGUGUGGAUCCAUACACACUGCUAGAGUAGAGUAAUGAUCUGGAUAUCCUACCUUUUUACAUUCUCAAUCAUCUUGUCAUAUUUGGUGUGUAGCUUGAGUGCCUACAUGCACUAUUUUGUAAUUUUCAAUUAUAUGUUUGAUAAGAUGCCA